AUGGUUUUGCUAGCAGGUGUUGUUUCAACAACUAUUACCAUAUCAAACAAGUGUAACUACACAGUAUGGCCGGCCAUUCAUACCUCAGAACCAUUGGACGAAGAUCUCUCCACAAGUGGUUUUUCCCUUAAAAAAACGGAGUCAAAGAAUAUAACAACCCCGGAUAAGUGGACUGGUCACUUAUGGGGUCGCACCAAUUGCACUCAAGAUGGUACAGGAAGAUUCUCCUGUUUCACAGGAGACUGUGGCUCCGGCAAAAUACAGUGUCCAAGAAGACAUGGCUCGAGUCCUAUAACAGUGGCAGAGUUCAAGCUUGAUUUUUCCGGUGAACUUGAUGUUAUUUAUGUUAGCUUGCUUAAUGGCUACAACCUGCCUUUGCUUGUUGUGUCUACUGAUCAAAGAUGCGAAAGCUCGGGAUGUACGGUGGAUUUGAAAAGCUCGUGUCCUAGUUCAAAACUUAUGUUUAAUGGUUCUGAUGGGAAGAUAGCGGGGUGCAGGAGCCCUUGUGCAGCCUAUGGAUCAUCACAAUAUUGUUGUAAUGGCACGCAUAAUACACCUGAUACUUGCAAGCCUUCUUCUUAUUCUCGAACUUUUAAGAAGUCGUGUCCAAAAGCUUUUUCUUAUCCUCUUGAUGAUGAGAUGACUGGCUCCCUUUGUGUAUCAAUGCAUUACCAUGUUACCUUCUGUCCAGGAGUUACAGUUAGCGGUCUUCUUAUCAUUUCUUCUGUAGUGAUUCUUAUUCUGAGGGCCAAAUGGUGUUGGAAGUCCGAAAAAGUUGAGCAGGAUGUGGAACAUGAUCAUUUAAAGCAAGUUCCAGGAAUGCCUCUGAAGUUUUCAUACCAAGAACUUUGCGUUGCAACCGAUGAUUUCAAGGAGAUACUUGGAAGAGGAGGCUUCGGGUCUGUAUUCAAAGGGAAAUUGGCGGAUGGAACAGAAAUUUCUGUGAAGAGGUUGGAGAAAUUAGGCCAAGGAAGGAGUGAGUUUUUAGCAGAAGCCGAGGCAAUUGGAAGUCUGAACCAUUUUAACUUGGUGAGAUUGAUUGGAUUUUGCGCAGAGAAAUCCUUUAGGCUUUUGGUUUUUGAGUAUUUGAGCAGCGGAUCCUUGGAUAAUUGGAUUUUUACGAAUGUCCAAAGAUCUUUCCUCGAUUGGCAGACCAGGAAGAUGAUUAUACUCGACAUAGCAAAAGGGCUGGCUUAUCUUCAUGAAGACUGUCGACAUACCAUAAUACAUCUUGAUGUAAAACCACAGAACAUCCUUUUGGAUUCAAAUUUCCAUGCCAAAAUCGCUGAUUUUGGGUUAUUCAAGCUAAUUGAUAGAGACAUAAGCCGAGCUCAAAUCCCAAUGAGAGGAACCCCUGGAUAUAUUGCUCCAGAAUGGUGUAGAUCAUCAGGUAGUGUAACUGUUAAAGUUGACAUAUAUAGCUUCGGAAUUGUUCUCCUUGAAAUAGUUUGUUCACGCAGAAAUGUUGAUGAAUCACAACCAGAAUCUGCCUUUCAUUUGCUUACAACGUUACAGAAGAAAGCUGAUCAGGAUAGAGUAAUAGACAUGGUUGAAACUUCAGAUGAAUACACACAGGGUGAUAGAGAAGAAAUGCUCAGGAUGAUAAAGGUUGCUGCUUGGUGUUUGCAAGAUGACCCAGAAAAAAGGCCUCUCAUGUCCACUGUUUUGAAAGUGUUGGAAGGGGUAAUGGAGGUUGAUUCAAACAUCAAUUAUCAGUUUUCGCAUGCAUUGAUUUCUUCUUCUGUUGGUAACAACCAUGUUUCUUCAGCAGCACCUCUAGCAUCUGUUCUUUCUCAUCCUAGAUGA